AACAUGGAAAGUUAUAAUUUAGAGAAAUCAGCAAAAAGUUUAUGAUCGGAUUCGUAUAACCUGGGAUCUUCUGUCCCAGGUAUAACACAUUGAAGGUAUACUGCACAUUUAUGUGUGUGCAAAUUUAUUUUAUUUUUCUUUAUUUUUAUCGUUUUUAAAUCUCCGGGUCCAAACCCAGUUGUAAAACUGUUUUAACCAUAGGUGUUUGGUGCGUUGAUUGGUCACUACCCCCGGGCCCUCCUCACCCACUCUACAACCCUCCUACCGCUAAAAACCAUGUUAACUGCAGUAUUUUUUCAUUUGAAACAUGUUUUCAUAUUUGGUAUAUGCUUUUAUUUCAAUUACCUCCAUUUCCCACAAAAAAUGAUAUAUCUAUUAUUCAUUUAUAAUUAAAAAAAAUAUGAAUGAUCGCUAAAUUGUUUUAAUAAUAAAAACAAACCAUUCUAGUUGGAGAAAAGUCCAACCAUCCAACCAUCCAUCCAUAUUUCUGUUACUUACUAUACCAGUAUAGAUGGUUCUUAUAUUAGACCUGACUUUGUUAAAUGACAGCGGCCGCCAUUUUCAAAAGUGGUGUAUUUCACGAUACAUAAAUAUGCCCAAAAGUCAUCAAGAGCAGUUUUGCAAGUGGAAGGAAUGUAGUUUUCAGACUGUAAAAAUGAAACAAAAAAAAUUAGAGACGAUAUUUGGUAAUUGGAAUUUGAAGUAAUAGAAUUGUAGAUGAACCAGUCUGGGACAGAUGUUUUAUUGAAGGAAUCCAGUUGAAUGAAAUAUGGGUUUUUCAAAGUUCAAAUAUAAAAGGUCUUUAAAGUCUGAAAAUGUGCCAAUGUCUGAGGGGUGUAACAUGACCAAAUCUGCUACAGAUAUGCCAUAUUUUAAGGAGGUACAUCAUUUUGAUUGACAUCUCUAGAGGAUUAAAAUCACUGGAUUUUGGGAUCAGAUGAUCAGUACAGCUUGUGACAGUAAUAAGAAGGAAUAAAGAAAACUAAUUUUCAUCAAAUUGAUUAUAAGAUCAAUAACAAAUGGAGGAAAAAACUUACAGAAGAUUGAAGCCAGGGAUGGAGAAACAGAAUAUUACUGAGGAAGAAAGGCAAUUAAACAAAAAACAGGCCCAGCGAAUGAGAAAAUCCCGGCUUGUUAAUCAGCUAAAAAGAAUAAAUAAAAAAUUGUGCAGCCUUAAAAAAGAACCUGUUGAUGCUUUGUUCAUCAUCCAUGAGAAAAGACGAAACAAAUACAAAUAUUUUGGGAGUGGAGAGCUAGUGAAGAAAUUUGAAAAGGGAGAGGUGCUUAUGACCAGCAAGGUUCAGAGGUCAAAGGUCAGGCAGGUUAUUGAACAAUCAGCAGUUGAAGAACUUACACCUGGGAAGUACAACUUUCCAUUUACCUACGGUGCUGGGGAAACCAUUGCCAAAAAGCAGCAACUAGAACUUAAAUCUGUCAGGAUUGAAAUUGACAGAAGUGUUGUGGCCAAGAAAAUGAAGCUUGCUAUUAAGUCAAAGAAAAGUCUUUUUACUAAAAAAUGCAAUGGUGAGGAUGCUACAAACAAGAACAGCAAAUCAAAGGAAAAAAACAGUGGGAAGAAGAUAAAGCCCUGUACAACUGCAACUAGGGUUGAGACAAGUUCAGAAUUAGACCACAUUUCUAUGACCAAAGAUCUACCAGUGACUGAACCUGUUGACAGUGAGAUGCCAGAUGCAAACAACUUGACUAACUGGCUGGUAGGGGACUACAUAAAAUGUUGUUUUAAGAAUAGGAAAACAGUUGAUUAUUAUGCAGCCCAGGUAGAAGCUCUUGUGGAUGGGGAGCCAUUUGUGUCUUUCUUCAAAAACUCCCAAAUGGACAAAGAAAAACUGAAGAAGGAAAUAAAAGAAACCGCUCUUUUGAGGAGUGAUGAAAUAGUAAAAAAGUUAAAUGCACCCAAAGUAGAAAAAAGAAAAAGAAAACUUCUUUAUGUGUUUGAGGACUUUUGAUAACUUUAUAACUUUUUUAGUUUUUCAUGGAUGUAUGUUUCCCUACUUAAAGUGGUAGUAGACAUAUUGUUUUUGUCCUUUACGUCUGCAUGUCAUUAAGUUUGUCUGCGCAUGUCCUCCGUAACCGCUGGUUGGAUUUUAAUGAAACUAGCCAAGAUACAUUGGUACCAAGCAGGGUCGAGCAUAGCACAGGUAUGUUCUGGUUCAGUGAUUUUCAGGAAAGUUAUGGCCGUUUAUUUUUUCACAUUUCACUACAUUUGGCUGUCUGGGCUUCUUCUCCAUAACCGCCUAAUUGUGCAUAUUUCAGGCAUGUUGUCAGUGAUUUUCAGUAAUAUUACAUGCAUAUCCAUAACAGCUGGUCCGAUUUUUAUCAAAUCUCACAGGAAUGAUUGUUACCAUGUGUAGUACUGCAUAUUAUUGGCAUGUUUAGGUUGGAUGAUUUUAAGGGGAGUUGUGGCCCUUUGUUCUUUCAAAUUUCAGAAUAUUUGGGCAUAUCUCCAUAACAGCAGGUUGGAUUUAGAUUGAAAUACUGUAACCCAAUUUAUAUUCGCGAAUACAAAUUUUCGCGUUUUGCCGAGGUCGGACAUAUUCGCGAAUAUUAAUUUCCGCGUUUUCUUGAUUUCCGGAAAAAAAAAAAUUCGCGGAUUGGAAAGUCCGAUGGGGCAGUAAAAUCCAUUAGCCGACUAUUAAUCUUCAAUAAUUGAGGUCAAUAUUGGUGUCUUAAAUGGGAUUAACAAUACGCUAGCCUUAUAUUGUUUUGGUAAGUGAAUUUUGUCAAACGAUUUAUUCAAACAUUUAUUUUAAAAUAAGUGCGAGUACUUUGUAUGCAUAUACUUAGUAUAGAAGUGUUAAGAAGAAACUUAAAACUGACACAUGCUCGGUAUAGUACCCUAUACGGAACGUGAUUGACAAUAGGCCUACUAGUAUUUCAUAAACUGUAUUAAAAUGUGGAUGUUUAUUUUGAUUGCUUUAUUGACAUAGAGUUCUUUUGAUAUUUAUAAAAUAGUAGUAGUUUACUUAGUUUGUGUUUUUAUUGCUUUAUGGCAAUAUUCAUAACAAUUCAUUACUUCCUAACAGGUGCCCGUAAAAUUCGAAUAUAUCUGGUCAAGUAGCUUUGCAUAACCACGUCUAAAAUAAAAAUUUCUCUCCAAUUUAUUCGCGAAAUCGUGCGGACUUAUUCGCGCAAACAAAUAUUCGCGCUUCGUGGCCAUCCGCGAAUAAAGCGAAUAUUUAUUGGUCGCGAAUAUUCGUUGGGUUACAGUACACAGGAAUGAUUGUUUAAUGUCUGUCGUCUGUCCACAUUUGUUCAUUAACACUCUACUUGCGAGGUAGUUGCGCGGAUGAGUUUGAACAUGGAUCACCUCGGAUUAGAAAUUAGGUCACGGGAGCUAAAAAAUAGAAAAAUCUUUUUAACACUGUAGUGGCUACUGUUUAGAUCCAAAUAUCCUGGAAAUUGGUCUAAAAGUGUUUUUUUUUUUUUCAUGAUUUCUAGGUCAAGUUCGAAUAUGGGUCACCUACGGUCAAAAACUAGGUCACACUACCCAAAUAUGAAUAAACCUUGUUAAAACUCUAGUUGUCACAUUUUUUGACUCAAUCAUCGUCAAACUUUGUCAGAAUGCUUGUCUAGGUAAUUGCUUGGAUGAGUUUGAUGGGUCAGAUGAGAAAUCUAGGGCCAUCUUGGCCCUCUUGUUUACUACAUUUUGUAAGACCACCAGUCAAAGUCUUUUUUAUUUACUGCAUAAGAAAUCUCCCACAUAGUUAUAUCAAAGUAAUACAUCUAAUAGAAACCUCUCCUUUGGGUCACAAAUGAUCACAUUCUAAUAUUAUUUAGAUUCCUGAGAUUAAAUGCCAAGUCAAUUGUCCAGAAAUACAAUGACUAAAUUUAUAGCCAAGCUUUGCUUUUAAUACAGUUUGUAUGGUAAACAAAACAUUUUACUAUUCCAAUAGAAGUUAUGGUGAAAUCAUAUGAAAAAAAGCACAGCAAAACUGAUUAAAGAGUAGUGUAUGUUAGCAAGGUCAAAAGUGAAUAAGCUUAAUGACUCCAAUAAAAGAUAUUAGUACCAGAGUAAUGUAGUUUCUCAUGAAAUGGAGUAAAACGAAUACUGGUACCAGUCACAAAAUACAUGAAGUGUCAUUCAUCCUUCUAGGCUAAUAAUUUAUAAUUGCCUUAGACUAUCUAGAACAUCACUGGCACUGCAAAAUAAUCAGUGAAGUAGCAAGUGGGAUACUAUAUGAACCCUUUAUUAUGCAUAUUUUAUAGAUAGUGCAUUUUACAAAAUGUCAGGGUUCCAUCAUAGGACAACUAGAUCAAAUCCAACAGAAAUUUAGAUAUCAAUAGGAUCAUUUGUAGGUUCACUGUUUCGCUUUAUUAGUUUGUUACUUGAUACAUCAUGUAGGUUACUCAUGGCAAAAUAAUGUAGAACUUUAAUUAGUAGAUAUUUUAAAAUUUAGAGUAAUAUGCCUGCUUCUGGGACAACAAUUUGUAUAGUCUAGCAUUAAUAUUAGCUGUUUAACAUACAGUUCUCAGUAAAGAUAUGCAUUUAUUUAAGUACUGACAGUGGACCAGUAUCUUUUAUACUGCUCUGUAGGGAUUGAUUUAGACACUAACUCUAAUUUUUGCCAAUUACUUAGGUGUGUGAUUUAUGGCCAUGACAGUCCUCUUGUUAUAUAGACAUUGAUUCACAACCAUAGUUACUUUGAAGGGUUUCCAUUUAAAUCUGUAUAUUGUGUAAAGGAUAAUUAUGUUACAGAUAUGCCUUAUGGAUACAGUGGGAAGUAAAAUGAUAUUUUUUGCACUUUUUCGGUUUUUGAUUUAAUUCAGCUCAUUAUGCCUUAAUUUAUUAGUGAAUUAAAAAGUUCAAAUAUAAGACCUUUAUUUUAUGAAUUUUUAGCAAGAGGGUAAACCUUUAAUUCUGUUAGCUCACCUGUCACAAAGUGACAUGGUGAGCUUUUGUGACGCUUUUUGUUUGGCGGCCAUCCAUAAACUUUUACUUUAAACGACAUCUCCUCAUAAACCGCUAAGCAAAUUUCAUCCAAACUUCACAGGAAUUUUCCUUUUGUGGUUACCUUCAAAGUGUUUAAAAAAUUUAAUUCCAUGCAAAACUUGGGUUGCCAUGGCAACCAAAAGAAAAAACUUAAAAUAUCUUCUUUUAAGAAACGCGAAGAGCUAGAGCUUAGUUAUUUGGCAUGAAACAUCUUCUAGUGAGUGUCUACCAAGUUUGUUCAAAUAAAAGCCCUUAGAUCAAUAUUGGCCCCAUCUGGGGGGUCAUGGAUUUUCCUUAUAUGUAUAUAGUAAAAAAACAAAAAAAACAAUUCUUUUGAAAAAUCCAAAUAGCUAGAGCUUAGAUAUUAAACUUGAAAUAUAUUCUAGUGAGUGUGUACAAAGUUUGUUCAAAUAAAAGCCCUGGGGUCAAAAUCAGCCCUGCUCCCAGGGGUCAUUGAUUUUCCCUAUAUCAGAGACAUAGUUAUCUAUGUCUCUGCCUAUAUGUAUAGAGUAAAAACUAAAAGAUCUUCUUUAAAAGCUUAGCUUAGAUAAAAUAUCUUCUUUUGGGUGUAUACCAAAUUUGUUCAAAUGAAAACACUGUGGUCAAAAUUGGCCCUGUCCGGGGGUUCAUUGAUUUUUCUCAUGUAUAAUUAUAGUAAAAACUACAGUGAUGUGAUAAAUGAAUUUACUGUUCAUUUUGGGCAAUGUUGAAUGAAGCUGAAGUAUGAUCAAAACACUUUUGCCUUUGAUGUUAAGGCUAUAGCCUCUUUUUUUUAUUUUGCAAAGAAUAGCCAUAAGUGAAGAUCUUAUGUUUUGUUUUUCGUUAAGAUCUGCACGCACCUUGGUAAACUAUUCAACAAUAUUUUGUGUGUUUUAAUAUAAACAAUAUGAACCAUUGUACAUGUUAUAUUCCAGUUAAUAUGAUAUAUUUCAAUGUGAAUGGUACGGAUGUAUUAAGUUUUGUAUUUAUCGAUUAAUGUCUUAUGGCAAUGUUGUAAAUUGACUUUUGUCUCGUGAGUAAUUGUCUGCCAGCAUUCUUGUUAAAAUAUUUUUGUUAGUUGAAAAGGUAAUUUUUACUUAGUAAAGCUACAAGCUAGAUAAUUAUAUUUCCAUUCCAAACUAUAUUAUCAAAGCUGUUUUAUAAUUAUUGCGAUAUGAAUUAAAGGAUUUUGUCUUCGAUACCAAGUUAAAAUAAUUGUAACUUUUUCAAAGAACAUGUUAUCAUUUAUAACGAUUAAUACCGAUCUGUAUUGGCACAAGUCAAGAAAUUAUAUCAUAAUGUAUGUAUUAUUGUAAUGGGCCGGUGACCAAUAUCAAUACAUAAAUUAUCAUAAUCAUCAUUGUCAUUGUAAAAUACAAAAAAAGGCUUCUUUUUAAAAAAAAAAACCCAAAGAGCUAGAGUUUAGAUAUAAAAAAAGAACAUGAAACAUCUACUAUAAUGAGUGUCUACCAAGUUUGUUUAAAUAAAAGUCCUCAGAUUAAAAUGGCCCUGCCCCGGGUGUCAUUGAUUUUCCUUAUAUGUUUAUAGUAAAAGCUUAACAAUCCUCUUUUUAAAAAACCCAAGUAGCUAGAGCUUAGAUAUUAAGCAUGCAAUAUCUUCUAGUGGGUGUCUACCGAGUUUGUUCAAAUGAAAGCCCUAGGGUCAAAAUUUGCCCCGGCCCAAGGGGUCAUUGAUUUUCCUAUAUAUACUUAUAAAAACAAAAAAAAGGCUCCUUUUAAAACAAACCCAAAAAGCUAGAGCUUAAAUGUUUUGCUUAAAAGAUCUGUUAGUGAGUAUCUACCAGUUUGUUGGUCAAAUUUGGCCCACACCAUUUCAUUAUAUGUAUAUAGUAACAACAAAAAUUUAAAACAAAAACAAACAAGUAGUCUUACUCAGGUGAGCGGUUUGGGGCUAUUAUGGUCCUCCUGUUUACAAUAGCACCUUGUUAGACACGGAUGAGCUAUGAAAUUAUUCACAGCUGAUAAUGAUGCUGGUUUAUCCAUCUUUAUGGAACAUUAAUGGGAGUUUUAUUGGCUUGAUGUAAACCCCCCACCCACCACCACCACCCAAAUUAAAUAAUUACAAAUAAUGAAUGAACUGUCAACAGAUUAAUCAUUGAAAUUGUACAAUAAAGUAGUCUGGUUUGCUGGAAGAAAAGUUAGGGAAAUCCAAGCAUUAACAAAGGUGGGGCUUAAGGUUUUAGUUAAUAAAAUAGGUUUUCUUCAUUUUCUCAGAACAGGAAUUCACAAAUAUUUUGUAAUCUCAAAAGAAACUUGUUGUGCAAACUAUUCUAAAAAUACAAGCAUUAAUAUUUCAUCUUCAUUUUGGUAUGCUUCACAACAGGUUUACUCUUUAGCAAUGUAGAGAAAAUGCAUGUUAAUGCAAGUCACCCCUGUACUUCCCAGUGUAUCCUUGAAGAUAUUUGUUUCAUUUGAAAUGUUUCUUGUAAAUACAUAUUGCAAUAUCAUUGGUUAUUAAAACUGUUUUAAAAUUUGAUUAAACAAAUUGAAGUUGUUGAUGUGUAUGAAUCCUUUGUAAAUAAUUAUGUUGAAAAAUCUGACUGCAAUAAAUUUCAUACAACUCUUUAUCAGUGUUUUGUUCAGUAUUAUAUCAGAAAGUCAGCUUAAAUGCUGCUGGGUGACACUAUAUGUCUGUUCUCAAAACGUGCUUUUCUACAUUGAUGAGGUAUUGUCGGGAGUGCAUGACCUCUCUAACUAGUAACAAUAGAAUUUUCUUUUGCUAAUUGUUUUUGUUCAUUUAACUGACUAGAAUUUAAUAAAGUGGCCAUGU